ACAGGGACCGGGAGACGCGGCAGCUGCAGCCCGGACCCACUCACUGAGAGAGCGGCAGCUCCUGGAACCUGCAGCCGAGCCGGCUCCGUGCAUCGAUCGGCAGGGGCAGUCCUUCAGCUGGAGAGGGAUUCCUCCCUUACCGCCCACAGCCUUCUCAGCCCCGGAACCGGGAUGGAGCCGCGCAGUUAAAGGAACCGGAGCGAAAGAAACUACCAAACUCCCAGAGCGGAGCCCUCAGAGAUGGGAGAACAACCGAUCUUCACCAGCAGAGCACACGUCUUCCAGAUUGACCCAGCCACCAAGAAGAACUGGGUCCCGGCAGGAAAACAGGCUCUCGCUGUCUCCUAUUUCUAUGAUGGGACAAGGAACAGUUACCGCAUCAUUAGUGUGGAUGGAACCAAGGUAAUCAUAAAUAGCACUGUCACCCCAAACAUGACCUUCACAAAAACCUCACAGAAGUUCGGUCAGUGGGCAGACAGCCGAGCAAACACUGUCUUCGGGCUGGGAUUCUCUUCUGAGCAACAAUUAACCAAGUUUGCAGAGAAAUUUCAGGAAGUUAAAGAGGCAGCGAAACUGGCAAGAGAUCGUUCUCAGGAGAAAACAGAAACAUCAAGUAAUCAUUCUCGUGAGUCCAGCCAUGAAACCCCAUCUUCUCCACAAGCAUCAAGUGUAAAUGGAACUGACGAUGAGAAGGCAACGCGUCCUCCUCCCAUUGAGAGCCUCCUGAAGAAUGAGAAUGACCGGAUCAAAUUAGUCUCAACUCAAGGGUCUGCUGCUGCCAAGAAAUGGGAGCAGGAACUCCAAACCUUGGGAGAGAACAACGCUCGACUCAGCAUUGCAUUGCAGGAGUCAACAAAUAAUGUAGAGCAUUGGAAAAAGCAACUGUUGCUGUGUAAGGAGGAAGGAGAGAAACUCCGGCAGAAGAUGAUGGAGCUGGAGACUCAGUGUGCUGACUUCAAUCUGGAGAAAGAGAGGAACACGCGACUGACUCGAACUGUGAAACAGCUGGAGACUGACAUUCAUGAAAAGGAGCAGGAGUUGGAGAGGCUGAGGGAGGAGGCUCAGGUCAUUCCCCAGCUCCUGGCUGAGUGCGAGGCUUUGAGGGAACGUCUCCAGGCAGCGGAGAAUUCAAACAAGGAGCUGGAAAACAAAGCAAACUCGUUAAAGACAAAUGUUGAAGAAAGUCAGCAGAAACAGAGUGACCUGAAGAAAGAGUUAACGACAUUUCUGGAAGUUCUGGAUGGAAAAAUUGAUGAGCUUCAUGGAUUCCGACAAGGCCUGGCUAAAUUGGGGAUGGACAAUUGAGGAUGGGGCAUUAGGGGGUGACAACAGAGAGUGACAUCUAUAAUAUCAAGAGGUGGGUGAGGUUGGGGAAGAUAGGGGACUUGUUUGGGUCAUGAGGGCAGGGGUGGGGUUCAAGGCAGGAGACUUGGGGAUGACAGACUGACUGGUGUUCUUGCCCUGACCCCUGACCCAUGACCCAUGAGGUGAAAAUACCUUUAACCUGGAUAAAUCUGGAGAGGGAGGUGAAUUUGCUGCCAAAUUUAGGUGAGGCUGCUUUAAACACAAGUUUCCGUUAUUUCAGCCCAAUACAAACAAUCCCAUCAAUGACAGAAUGCUAAGUCUCUAUGUACAAGGAAGCAGGUCAUUGAUGUGGGAAUGAUUUCUUUGCCAACUCAAUGUGCACAUUUUCCUGAAGGUUUGGUCCUGUGAUCAUCUGGCCAAACCCUCUUUUUGACUCAUUGCUCACCUUUUAUAAAUAAUUAACCAGACCCAUUAAGAAAAUGACAAAAACACAAUUUUAUGAUGUCCCUCCUGGGUUUCUGCACAUUUGGAAAAUGUAUCUUUAAUUCCUGGAGAUUUCUGUCCUGAACCAUUGCCAAGCACUAGACCAAGUAGGAGUGGGUGGGUUUGAAAUUUGAGCUGUAUCGUUUGUGUCAUCAGUUUUGAGCAGAAAACUGCUCACAUUUCAUUUUCUGAUUGUAUGAAUGAUGUUGAAAGCACAACUUGAGUUUAUUUGGAGAGUUCUGGAGAACAGAAAAACUGCCUGCGGAUUUUAGUGUGUUUUUAAUGUUUGUUUCUUAUU